AUGGCCGACCAAAAACAAGGCUGGUGGCAGUCACAUUACCGAUGGGUUAUCAUGGUCAUUGUGUUAGUGCUUGGGUUCGGACUAGUAGCUUGGUUUGGUGUUUGGUUACGACGUCGUCACGAUCUUAAAAGAGGCCGAUUACUUGGACCAGGACAAGUUUAUGGAAAUCCCCUCGUUGCGCCUCCGAAUAAAGGACCCAAUACACUUCAAUCGCGUUCGGGGGCUUUGAAUGCGCCUUCCGUCUCUGCGGUGCCGACGCCGCAAGCCCGCAGUUUACCGCCGCCUUCGAUUGCCAGCAGUUCUCGGACUUCUCGGACGAAUGUGCAGCCUAAACCUCAGACUGCUACGACGAAUGAACCACGAGUACAAGGACAGACGCCGGGACAACAAAGCGCGGCUGCGAGUGUGCAGUUUUCGUCGGAAACGAGGGAGGUUUCUCAGACAUGA